CCUCUCCAAGCAUCCUUCCUGCGCUCUGCUGUCGCCUAUUUCUCCCUCGCACUCUCCCGCGGGUAAGGGGACCUCCUCCUCGGAGACCAGAUCUGCGCGAGGUUGCGACCCCAAGCCUUAGCAGCAUGUGGAACGCGACGCCCAGCGAGGAGCCGGAGCCUAACGUCACUCUGGACCUGGACUGGGACGCUUCCCCCGGCAACGACUCGAUGACGGACGAGCUGCUGCCGCUGUUCCCCGCGCCGCUGCUGGCGGGCGUCACCGCCACCUGCGUGGCGCUCUUUGUGGUGGGCAUCUCGGGCAACCUGCUCACCAUGCUGGUGGUGUCCCGCUUCCGCGAGCUGCGCACCACCACCAACCUCUACCUGUCCAGCAUGGCCUUCUCCGACCUGCUCAUCUUCCUGUGCAUGCCGCUGGACCUCGUCCGCCUCUGGCAGUACCGGCCCUGGAACUUUGGCGACCUGCUCUGCAAACUCUUCCAGUUCGUCAGCGAGAGCUGCACCUACGCCACGGUCCUCACCAUCACCGCGCUGAGCGUCGAGCGCUACUUCGCCAUCUGCUUCCCGCUGCGGGCCAAGGUGGUGGUCACCAAGGGCCGCGUGAAGCUGGUCAUCCUUGUCAUCUGGGCCGUGGCCUUCUGCAGCGCGGGGCCCAUCUUCGUGCUGGUGGGGGUGGAGCACGAGAACGGGACCGACCCUCGGGACACCAACGAGUGCCGCGCCACUGAGUUCGCAGUGCGCUCUGGGCUGCUCACGGUCAUGGUGUGGGUGUCCAGCGUCUUCUUCUUCCUGCCGGUCUUCUGCCUCACCGUGCUCUACAGUCUCAUCGGGAGGAAGCUGUGGCGGAGGCGCGGCGAUGCGGCGGUGGGCGCCUCACUCAGGGACCAGAACCACAAGCAGACGGUGAAGAUGCUUGCUGUGGUGGUGUUUGCCUUCAUCCUCUGCUGGCUGCCCUUCCAUGUGGGAAGGUACCUGUUUUCCAAGUCCUUCGAGCCCGGCUCUCUAGAGAUUGCUCAAAUCAGCCAGUACUGCAACCUUGUGUCCUUCGUCCUCUUCUACCUCAGUGCUGCCAUCAACCCCAUCCUGUACAACAUCAUGUCCAAGAAGUACCGGGUGGCGGUGUUCAAGCUUCUGGGGUUUGAGUCCUUCUCGCCGAGAAAGCUCUCCACUCUGAAGGAUGAAAGCUCCCGGGCCUGGGCAAAGUCGAGCACCAACACAUGACAGCACAUCGAAGCACUCAGUCAUCCAGUCAUCGCUUGCUGCUCCACACCAGAAGCCAUGGCCAAGCAGGACUUGGGAGGAAGCGGAAAGUCAGUUUAGGAUUAGAGACACGGAUCUGGAAACAAUUGGGGGCGGGCAGUAAAGCCAGAAGGGUAGGGUCUGUGCGGUUUGAUCUGACUGUGCGCUCAUCAGAGUGCUCAUGCACCAUCCCUGCACACUGUGUCUAUGAUUUUGACAGCUUUUCCACUCAGAGGAAGGAGGAGGCACACUGGGCACCGGCUUUCCUUCUUAGUGGGUAAACACUAACCUCAUUUGCUUUUCUCAUCAUCAUAAAAAUGAAAUAACAUCACACACAACUUUAGAUAUGACUUUUCGAAGCUAGCAAUCUCCACAAAGCUCCACAACAUUCAUCCAAAGCACCAUAACAUAAGGCACACAUGUGUUCAAUAUGAAACGAUUGAGAAAUCUCCAUUCUCCCCGCCCUCACAGUAAUUCUGAAACCUAGUAUACUCCCCACAAAGCAGCCCGCUUGAAGUUGAACAGUUAGUUCCAUUAGUAAUAUUUGAUGUAUUUAAUUGAUCGUAGAAAAACUGAUUCAACAGC